GAACGCGCAGAGCAGCCGUGGUGCGAGAGCCGGUCCACCGCGGUAACUUUGACAGCUUCAGAGGUCGCGUCCGCGUCAGCUGAGGAGGCUUAGCAGUGCAUCUAGUGACCGGUGGUGCACCAGUAGCUGGGCCGGACAGCUUGGAGUUGAGGGGCGUCUGGGUCUGAGGAAGAGGAAGUCAGAGGAAGCAAGGCAGCUCCAGGAAGCAACCUGGAGGGUGAGGAGCUGAGGGAGGGCAUAUGCCCUGAGUUUGUCCUGAGACACCAAGUCUCCAACACCUACAGUGCCAGCGACAGUGCCCACACCUCCUCCUCAGACAGCCAGGACACCAUGAGCCCAGGCACAGCUGCAGACAGCACUAAACAGAACGGGAAUGUGCUUGUUAGAAGAGUGGUACAUCACGAAGGAGAGGAGAGAACAGAGGAAGAGGAGGAGAGAAGCUCAGAUGAAGGCUUUAUGGGGAUGACGCCACUCCUACAGGCCCACCAUGCUAUGGAAAAGAUGGAGGAGUUUGUGCAUAAGAUGUGGGAGGGACGAUGGCGUGUUAUUCCUCACGAUGUGCUGCCUGAUUGGCUAAAAGACAACGACUUCCUCUUACACGGGCACAGACCGCCGAUGCCCUCCUUCAGAGCGUGUUUCAAGAGCAUAUUCAGAAUCCACACAGAGACGGGCAAUAUCUGGACCCACUUGCUUGGCUGCCUGUUCUUUCUGUGUCUGGGCAUAGUGUACAUGUUCAGACCCAAUAUGUCCUUCGUGGCACCGUUCCAGGAGAAGAUUGUGAUUGGCAUCUUCUUCCUGGGAGCCAUCAUCUGCCUGUCUUUCUCCUGGCUCUUCCACACAGUCUACUGCCAUUCAGAGGGCGUCUCCCGUGUCUUCUCAAAGUUGGACUACUCGGGCAUCGCGUUCCUGAUCAUGGGCAGCUUUGUGCCGUGGCUCUACUACUCCUUCUACUGCUCGCCGCAGCCAUGCUUCAUCUACCUGAUCGUGGUGUGUAUCCUGGGCCUGGCUGCCAUCACUGUGUCACAGUGCGACUUCUUCUCCAGGCCACAGUACCGCGGACUCCGAGCUGGUGUGUUUGUCGGGCUGGGGCUGAGCGGAGUGGUCCCCACGCUGCACUUUGUGAUCUCCGAGGGCUUCCUGAGAGCCACCACCAUUGGCCAGAUGGGCUGGCUCUUCCUCAUGGCCGUACUCUACAUCACCGGAGCGUGCCUGUACGCCGCCCGCAUUCCCGAGAGAUUCUUCCCUGGCAAAUGCGACAUUUGGUUCCACUCGCACCAGCUGUUCCACAUCUUGGUGGUAGCAGGGGCCUUCGUACACUUCCAUGGUGUGUCCAACCUGCAGGAAUUCCGUUACACAGCAGGCGCAGGCUGCACAGAGGACAACGCCCUGUGAGCCCUGCGCCAUGGUGACUGAAUAUGCACCACUAGGGGGAGACGAAGCUAAUCUUGCCACCGCUGCCAGUAACAACUUUGCUCCUCACAUCUGCCUCGCGGAACCACAGGGCAACACUGAAUGACAAGGGUUUUGUUUUCUUUCUGGUUUUCUUUCUUUCUUUCUUUUUCUUUUUUUUUU